CUCACUGAAGCGCUGACUGUUAAGGUAACGGUAGUUUUUUGAGUUUUUUCACGUAUGAAACCGACUAGGAAUCAACAAUAGUUUCUAGUCAUUCAACUUUGAACUUUCUACCAAAGUACAUAUUAUAUUUUAUUUCGUGUAAGUCUCCAGUUCCCAAAGAUUAAGAAUGUCUUGGAUACCUUUAGAAUCUAACCCGGCGGUGAUGAACAAGUUUUUGCAAAAUUUGGGAGUACCAAAGGAAUGGGAAGUAUGUGAUAUUUUUGGAUUCGGGCCCGAUGAACUUGCAAUUGUUCCUAGACCAGUUGCUUCUGUCAUUUUAUUAUUUCCAUACAAUGACGCUUAUCAAAAACGUAAGGAUGAAGAAGAGUUAAAAUUGAAAGAUAAAGGUCAACAAGUAUCGGAUGAUAUAUAUUUUAUCAAACAAUAUGUACACAAUGCUUGUGGAACCAUGGCUUUAAUUCAUAGUGUUGCUAAUAAUAGAGAUAAAAUCCAAUUAAAUGAGGGUAUAUUAAAACGUUUUUUGGACGAUGGAAAAGAUAUGUCUCCAAGUGACCGCGGUGAGAUGUUAAAAACAGCUGAAGAUAUAAUUAAUACUCAUAGAGAAAUUGCUAUUGAAGGACAAACUGCGGCACCCAAUCCAGAAGAUGUACCACCUUAUCACUUUAUUGCCUUUGUUUGCAAGGAUGGAAGCUUAUAUGAACUAGAUGGUGGAAAGUUUGAUCCUAUUAAUCACGGAUCUACAAGUCCAGAUUCAUUGCUUGAAGAUACAGUUAAUUUAAUCCAAGAAAAAUUUGUUGUUCAAGAUCCUGACAGUUUAUACUUUACCUUACUAGCAUUAUCAAAUGUAUGUGAUGCUUACUAAGGAUUGAAAAUUGCAUCAUUUUUACAUUUACUGAGAAAUUUUUUUCUCUUUAAGCUGAUUUCUAAUAUUAAUAUUAUCUAUCUACUUUUUAUAAAAAAAUAUUAAUAUUUUUAUGAUAAUAUAAUACAAAUUUAAUUUUUAUUUUUGAAUUAUGAUAAUUUCUGUAAAGAAAUAAAUUGUAUAUUAAAUGGCCAGUUAAUUUAA